AUGGGAUUUUAUUUUACCAGCAAAAUUAUUGCAGUUUCAACGGUCUUAUAUUUUAUUUUUGUUGUAGAUACGGAUGAAGCAUUACAUUCAACAUGUUUGGCACCAGCCGCUUUCAUGCAGGAACAAAAAGUAUCAGAUAUCAGUGAUGGAAAAGCAUUCCUAAAAGAUAAUUCUGAAGUGUUUGUUGAAUUUUCUCAGCAAACUGAUAGUGAAAGAGGAAGCUCAGUGGAUGAAACGAUGUCUCUUGCAACGAAUAUAUCAGAAGAGGAACAGUUGAUGAUGUUUGAUGCUGUUGAAGAUGAUAUUUUUGGUGACGAAAUUGCUAUGGCAGAAGAGGCUAUUCCCGACAAUAUUGCAGUGAAGUCGAGUUUAGUAUCUAAAUAUUUGAAAAAAAAGGUGAAUAUUGUUUGUGUUGUACUUAAAGAUCUGAAUGUAGUGGCGUCAGCGUUGAACAGUUCUGUACAGGGAGUUGGAUAUGUUACGGAAAUUGCUGUACAACAGUUUUUGAACAAAAAACUGACCGAUGUCUAUGCCUCAAUGAGUAAUCAAAAGGCUCAUACUUUUUCUGGGAAAACUUGCUUGAAUGAUGGCAAAGCUAUUGCUAAUUUUCACUUUUGGUCGUCAUCUAAUAAACAGCCUUUAUCAGUAGAUAUACAAGUUGAGGGAUUUCGAGCAUCUCUUGAUAACAUUAUUGUGAUGCAUCUCCCAGCCUUCAUUUCCGAUGAUGUCAAAAAAAAUGACAUUCCACUGAAUUUAAAAAUCAAUCUCAUAAAUACAGAGAUUGUCGUUAAGGAUCCAGAGACAAGACCAGUCCGAAUUAAAUUGAACGACUGUGUCAUCGAGCAGGUAGUUGAAGAAGGUGAUACAGUAAACAACUCAGCUUGA